UGGAUGUAUUCUCCCCUGCUGCAUCGCUAGAGGACUUCCAUGAAGUCUACCUGGUAACCAACUUGAUGGGGGCAGACCUGAACAACAUAGUCAAAUUCCAGCGUCUCUCUGAUGAGCAUGUGCAGUUUCUUAUUUACCAGCUGCUCAGAGGCCUCAAGGUAGUUGUAUCAUGUUUAGACAUGUUUUUUUAUACAUACUAUCCCAUACACUAGACAGUACAAAGCAACCUUCCCUGAUAAUAAUUGUUUUAACUCAAAGGCAACUGUUAAGUAUUUCAAUGUGCCACAAUUGAACCUCAAACACCAUGAUGAUCCUUUUUAUACUAUAAAACUACUGGCUAUAAUUUACUAGAAAAUCCCUUAACAUCCUCUGAAAUGGUAUUUAAACUGUACCCUGACAUUUGAUUAUAAACUCGGAUAUACUGCUAAGUUUGAAAGCUACAUUAUGCCUGGCUCACUAGGUAGUACAGUUAACAGGGGACUGACCAGCCAGCCAAGUAACUAGCAAACCUAGUUACCAAGGAAUUAACAAAAAAUGUAGACCCUUUUAGACAGGGGCCAAUGUUGGAAUACACUGUUGACCUCUCUCUCCUUUCUUUCCUCUCUCCACCCACUCCUCCCCCAAUCCCGCUGCCAUGUCCCUUUUCCGUCUCCCCCUGAACAGUACAUCCAUUCAGCAGGACUGAUCCACAGAGUGAGUGGUGGCUUUCCUCUUCUCUUCUUGCCCACUCUUUAAAUUAUUCCUCAUCCCCUCUUUUCAUAAAGGCAGUCUCCUGGAUAGCAAUUGCCUAUCCUGAGUGCUUUGUUGGCUUUAAAAGGCAAUUCUGUAUUUAAAAUGUACCUGUAUGUAUGUAUGUAUGUAUGUAUGUAUGUAUGUAUGUAUGUAUGUAUGUAUGUAUGUAUGUAUGUAUGUAUGUAUGUAUGUAUGUAUGUAUGUAUGUAUGUAUGUAUGUAUGUAUGUAUGUAUGUAUGUAUGUAUGUAUGUAUGUAUGUAUGUAUGUAUGUAUGUAUGUAUGUAUGUAUGUAUGUAUGUAUGUAUGUAUGUAUGUAUGUAUGUAUGUUAUGUUAUGUUAUGUUAUGUUAUGUUAUGUUAUGUUAUGUUAUGUUAUGUUAUGUUAUGUUAUGUUAUGUUAUGUUAUGUUAUGUUAUGUUAUGUUAUGUUAUGUUAUGUUAUGUUAUGUUAUGUUAUGUUAUGUUAUGUUAUGUUAUGUUAUGUUAUGUUAUGUUAUGUUAUGUUAUGUUAUGUUAUGUUAUGUUAUGUUAUGUUAUGUUAUGUUAUGUUAUGUUAUGUUAUGUUAUGUUAUGUUAUUGUAUGUAUUGUAUGUAUUGUAUGUAUUGUAUGUAUUGUCUGUCUGUCUGUCUGUCUGUCUGUCUGUCUGUCUGUCUGUCUGUCUGUCUGUCUGUCUGUCUGUCUGUCUGUCUGUCUGUCUGUCUGUCUGUCUACAUGGCUUUCUCCCUUUCUUUUCCCCUGUCCCUCAGACAGUCUUUGUGUUGAACGUUCUGUCUUUUCAUGUGUCUGUCUCACAGGACCUAAAACCAAGUAACGUGGCAGUGAACGAGGACUGCGAGCUGAGGAUCCUUGACUUUGGAUUGGCCAGACAGACGGAUGAUGAGAUGACGGGGUACGUGGCGACUCGCUGGUAUCGAGCGCCAGAAAUCAUGCUUAAUUGGAUGCACUACAAUCAGACAGUGGAUAUCUGGUCAGUGGGAUGCAUCAUGGGAGAGUUGCUGAAGGGGAAGGUCCUGUUUCCAGGCAACGACUAUAUCGACCAGCUGAAGAGGAUUAUGGAGGUGGUGGGCACCCCGACCCCUGACCUUCUACAGAAGAUCUCUUCUGAACAUGCUCAGAAAUAUAUCCAGUCUCUACCCUUCAUGCCCCAGCAGGACUUAGAGAAGAUAUUCAGAGGAGCCAACCCAAUGGCUGUGAAUCUACUGAAGCGCAUGCUGGUUCUGGACUGUGAUGGGCGUAUCUCUGCCAGUGAGGCUCUCUCCCACCCUUAUUUCUCCCAGUACCACGACCCGGACGACGAACCAGAGGCCCUGCCCUACGACCAGACGCUGGAGAGCAAGGACCGCACACUAGAGGAGUGGAAAGAGCUGGUGUUCGGGGAGAUGAAAGGAAUCAAAGCGCCUGUCAGCGAGACGAGUAGUCUACAGGUGGAACAGUGAAAGACAAACCCCGCCUCCUUCUGCUCGGUCUGUCCCGUCAGCUGAGGAAGGACCGCCGUCUUGUCUCCGUCUGUCUGUAGGCCGGCGUUGGGGAGGCGGGAGGAUCCGGGAGAAAGAGAGAAACAACGCUGUGUCCCCUAGAGGCAUGACACCCCUCCCCUUGUUCACUGUGACUGGCUAUUUGACUGCCUGUCUUGAGUUUUGUAAAAGGGGAGCAGGGAGAGGGGAGGUCUGGUUGAACUGAAAGUGAUGAGAAUACGCACAUUACGAUGAUUACAGGGAGCAUGCUUUGAUAGGUAUAUGUUUACAGUCUGUUGAAGAGAGGUAGGAGAGAGAGACAGACAGAGACAGAGAGAGAAAGUAGCACUAGGGUUUUCAAAUCUACCUAAGGGUCCAACUGGUAAAUGGUCAUUGGCUAUAGGUUACUGGAAAUCUUUCGUCAUGAAGACAUUUUAUAAGCAGUCAUAACGGAUGUCAGUUUGUGUCUGCUUAUAACACCUGUUAUGUCAUGGUAAUGACAGUUUUAUGACAUAGGGUUCUAGUGAAUUUUUGUCAAGAAUUUUCCACACAUUUGAUCAUAUUUCUAUUUUAGUUGUAGCAAAUAUCUGUUAUUUCACAGAAACUUACAUAAGAUGGUUCCUCCCUCGAUAUAGACCAAUGAAUGCCCUUCGUGCUGUUACUGCACAACAUCCCCCAACACUCACCAAUAUGCCACUGAAUGACCAAUGACAGAGAUAUACUGUACAUGGACAGGAUUAGUGUCUGUAGGGUUUAAGACUUUGCAUCAUGUACAACUAUUGGCCAGAUUCCCUAAGCAUUUACAACUGUUUUUACAGAACAACACCGGUGGUAGUGUUUUGUUUACGGAGACAUAACUGCAUUGCUGCAAAUGCUAUGUAGAUAUGUCCCAAUGUACAGGUAAUUGCCAACAUAAAGAAUACAUCAACAUAAAGGGUUUUAAUAGGGCCUUGGGCCAACACAUGCCAGAGCAGAUUCAGUGCACCUUGGCAAAGUGUCUGGAACUCUAUUGGUGGGAUGCGACACCAGUCUUCCACGGGAAAUUCCAUCGUUUGGUGUUUUGUUGAUGUUGGUGGAAAACGCUGUCUCAGGCUCCAGAAUCUCCCAUAAGUGUUCAAUUGGGUUGAGAUCUGGUGACUGAGACCGCCAUGGCAUAUGGUUUACAUCGUUUUCCUGCACAACAAACCAUUCAGUGACCAUUCGUGCCCUGUCGAUGGGGGCAUUGUCAUCCUGUGGGGGCAUAGUCAUGGUGGCCAAAAUAAUGGCCUGCCCAGAAUUUUUAUACAUGACCCUAAACAUGAUGGGAUGUUAAUUGAUUAAUUAACUCAGAAACCAUACCUAUGUGGAAGCACCUGUUUUCAAUAUGCUUUGUAUCUCUUAUUAACUCAAGUGUUUCCAUUAUUUUUGCAGUGACCUGUGUGUAAGCAUGUAUGCAUUUGUUGCUGGUAUCACCCAUUUCAAAUUCCACUUGGCUCCAGUCCAACAGGUUUUACUAGUCCCUGGCUCUGUUGAGAAACCCAAACCUAUAGCUGAAGUUUACAUCUGAACAUUCAACAGAUACUACAGAGUGUAUCUUUACCCACAGUGACUCCCACAGAUACCAUUACCCACAAUGACUCCCACAGAUACCAUUACCCACAGUGACUCCCACAGAUACCAUUACCCACAGUGACUCCCACAGAUACCAUUACCCACAGUGACUCCCAGAUGCAUUAUGCAGAUUAAAUUGGAUUUACAAUAGGUCUGAAUGUUGUCAUUUCAGAGGUCUAAUAUUCAGCAUGUUAUAAAGGGGCGUACUGAGGUGAACGAAUUACAGGGGAGUAAAAUAAUUCAAUUAUCAGUAAAAAACAUGUUCUGGAACUGCAACAUAUACUACCCCAAGAACUUCAACAUCAAUCAUAUACACAAUGCCUCAAUUACAGUAGAGAUCAUCCAAAAUACUCUUUCUCGAUUGAUGUUUGACUAUUUACGGUCUUGUAUGUGUCAUGUACAAAUGUUGAUUUUGGAAACUUGGUGGAUUUAAAUAGAACUGCAAAAAAGAUGAAUGUUUAAAAAACAAGUGUCUUUUCAUUCUAUGGUGGCAUGAAUUUUAACUGUACAAUUUCUGCCGUAUGCAUUUCCAAUCAAUAACCGAAUGUCAACUCUGUGUCAUAAUGCCAUGACAACUCAUGACAGUUGAUGUCAACCAACUCAACUCUAUUACAACAGUUAUAACACCAUUAUGCAGCAUGAACAAGUAAACAUUUGGUUACACAUAUUCAGAAUAAAUCAAAUCGAUCUAUUUCC